AUGAUCUCGCUAGUCAGGAAGGCCAUCAAGGCCAAGCAAGAGCGCGAAAAGACAGAAUUCCCCUCUGAGUCCAUGGAACUGCAACAGACACAUCACGACGCACCCCAAGAAAAACAGCUUUGCCGGCAUAUGGACGCCUACGAGACUUCGACUGUAAAAUGUGCUUCGUGUGCAUCAGAGAAGAAGGCCGCAAGGGUAUACCGAUGGAAGAUCAUCCUCGGCCUUGUGGCACCUUUUGCCCUGCAAGCUCUCGACUCGACGAUUAUUGCAAGUGCUCUGCCGUGGAUUGCAUCUGAUUUUGGGGAGGUUUCACAACUCAACUGGAUCGUCUCAGCCUUUAAUCUCACAUCCGCAGCGUUUAUCCCAUUCUGGGCUCAGAUGGCCGAUGUCUUUGGUCGAAAUGCAUCGCUAAAUGCUGCCAUCGUUCUCAUGCUUAUCGGUAGCGCUCUCUGUACUGGAGCUCCCACUACUGCCUUUCCGGUACUUCUCUUGGGUCGCGGAUUUCAAGGACUCGCUGCAGCUGGCCUAAAUGUUGUUGUUCGCACUAUUCUUGCUGAUAAGGUUUCCUUGCAAGAGAACGCGAAGAACUGGGCCAUCUUCUCGCUUGUUGGUGGAAUUUCAUAUGGACUUGGCCCGGUUAUCGGAGGAUACCUUACAAGAGCAGACUGGAGAUGGUGCUUUGGUAUCAACCUCCCCAUCGCGGUUCUCGCCCUGAUCGUUGUUUUCUUCGUCCUUCGCAAAGAACUCCUCGGUCCCCAACCUAUUUCUGAGCUUAACGAAACGGCCGAAACUGGCAGACGUACUAAAUUCAUUGCACGACUUAAAACAGUAGACUUUGGCGGUCAACUUUUGUUCAUUCUCGGUUUUGGACUUAUCAUCCUAGCUUUGACCUGGGGUGGAGCGACAUAUCCUUGGUCGUCACCCGCUGUCAUUGUUCCUCUGGUUCUCGGAGUCAUCUCUGCCGGCAUCUUCUUUUAUUGGGAAUACUUACUAGCCCCAGGCAAUAUGAUGGCUGAGAAGUUGCCUUGGCAAAGAGCAAUGAUCCCUUGGGAACUGAUCUCGAACCGAGAUAUGGCUCUUCUGUUCUAUUGCGAGUGUGCCACGGGUAUCGGGAUGUAUGCAGUACUCUAUUUCUGCAACAUCUACUUCAUUACAGUGAGGGGAUAUGACUCUGAUGAAGCCGGCGUGCAGCUUCUUUACUUUGUUCCCGGACUUGGAGUUGGUGUUUACAUCUGCUCCUUUAUGUGCAACCGCUGGCCUCGCAUGACAUUUCCUUCUGUAUUUCUCGGUACACUUACUGAAUCCGUUGGUUUGGGCGUUCUAGCGUGGGCCAUCUGGGCCGAUAAAGUGAGCGUCAUCUACGGCAUGAUGGCUCUUGUGGGAUGCGGAAGCGGGAUGCGCUUCAUGGCGUCGCCCCUUCACGGCAUUGGUAUCUUUCGUCACUUGCGCGCUUCAGUCAUUGGACUCAUGGCGGUCGCCAUUCCUUUCGGCGGUACCAUUGGUUUGACCAUCAUGUCUACAGUCUUCAACAAUACCUCGGGGCUUGACUCUCAUAGCGGGGGAUUCGACCAUGUUCAGUCCAAAUCAGGGGAGGCGAAUGAACAAGAUAUUCACCAAGCUAAGAUGGGUGUUGUUUGGGCAUUUGUUGCCGUCACUCCCCUUGUUGCUCUGGCAUUCCCACUUUCAUGGUGUAUCGGCAACGUCAAGCUUGGACAAGGGCCUCCUGGAGAGGAUGGUCCUACGGAUAUUGUAGUGAAGGGAUCUUAUCUCCUCAAGCUAUUACGAGGCCAGGAGAAGCUGAGGGUCGAGAAGAAUGCUUACCGACUUAACAGCUCGCACAGCGGAGCGUGGUCGGGCAGUAUAGCCUCGGAGCGGAGCGUUGACGUCCCAAGGCCGGUACAAGGUUCGCAACAGGUUUAG